CUUAGGGUCUUACAGUUUCUGCAGUUUCAACUCUAAAUUGAGCUCCUUCAAGUGAAGUGAAGUUAUAGCACUGUCUAUCUGAAGAAAAGCAGGCAUAGAGGACAAACCUUCAGCACUGAUGUUAGUUGUUUUAUUUAAAAAGAUGAUUUAAACCACAUUACCUGGACCUGCAGCACUAGAAUCCACAUUUUGGGGAAGAUCAGAGCACUGCUCUCUCCAACACAUCACAGACACUUAUGAGACACCAUGGACCAAGACUUAGAGUGUGCUCGAUUUGUGGAUGCCCACUGGGCGACACUUGUCCAGAGAGUAAAAAUGGUGAUGCCGAUAGUGGACGAGCUGCGGUCAGGUGGCAUGCUGGAGUGGGAGCCAUACUGUAAGAUCAGAGCAGCAGAUACUAACCAGGAGAGAAUGAGAGAGCUUUAUGAAGUGCUGCACUCUGGUGGAGACAAGGUUAAAUCUGCCUUUUAUUCUCAACUGGAAACGCAGGAGCCAUGUCUGUUUAGAGCCUUGGGCUUCACUGGAAAUCACACACACUUUGAAAAAACACAAACCCCAGAAAUCAGCUCAGUGAUUCUCAAAUAUAAGAAGCAGAUCUGCAGUGAAUACCAGUAUGUGACCGAGUAUAACUCACUGCCUGGUGAAUAUGUGCUGCUGUCUGAGCGCUACACACAACCUCUGAUCCUUCAGACACAUAGAGAUCAACAAGAGCGACAAGAAGAGCUCUGCUCCAGUGGAGAGAGACUUCAGCAGGUGCUCAACUCCAGGACCAGUCAUGAAUCUUCCUAUUUGAACUCUCUGUUCAACCCCGGUGACCACAGAAUCAGUCCCAGUGCUAUUAUACUGCAAGGAAAUUCAGGGAAUGGGAAAACUUUAACUGUGCAGAAGAUCAUGCUGGACUGGGCAUCUGGUGACCUCUACAAAGAACAGUUUGAUAUUGUGUUCCAUUUAAAGUGUAAAGAAAUAAACUGCAUUUCUGGCAAAAAGAGUUUGGUGGAGAUCUUGAGCAACAGCUGCAGUUUAACAUCAGAUCAGAUCUCACAGAUACUACAGCAUUCACCAGAGAAGGUGCUGUUCAUCAUUGAUGGAUUUGAUGAGCUGAGACUCACAGAGGAUAUUAAUCACAUAUCACCAAACACUGAUCCGAUUCAAAAAGCUCCACCUCAAGUCACUCUUUGUGCCCUGCUGAAGGGUCACAUCCUGCCAGAGUCCUUCCUGCUGGUCACCACCAGAUCUACAGCUACAGACACACUGGGUAAACUGCUCAAAACACCUCAGCGUUUCACUGAGAUUAUGGGCUUCUCUGAGAUUGGGGUGGAGGAGUACUUUCAGAAGUUCUUCCAGAAUGAGGAGCUCUUCAGGAAAGCCUAUGAAUAUGUGAAAGUAAAUGAAACUCUCAUCACUGCCUGCUCCAUCCCUGUCAUCUGCUGGAUCAUCUGCACAACUAUCAAGGAACGAUUUGAAGUUGGUGCAGAUGUAACAAGCGGACUGGAAACCACCACCUCCAUCUACUUUGACUUUGUGUCUACUCUAUUGCAGCAUCACUGCCAGGGUUUGAGUCAGUCUGUCCCGAGCCUGCUGAGGAGUCUGGGUCAGCUGGCAGAGAGAGGGAUGCUGGAACAACAAGUCCUGUUUGAUGAGGAAAGUGUAAAUGAAAUGGUUUCAGACCCUGCUGGCAAUCCAUUCCUGUGCAAGUUCCUUUUUAAGAGAAGAAUCAGCCAGGAGACAAUGUUCAGUUUCAUGCAUCUCAGCUUUCAGGAGUUCUUCACUGCUCUCUACUAUGUCCUUCUGGAUGAAGAAGAGUCCCAGAGGAAAGUGAGUGAGCUAUUAUCCAUUCCUUCCAACGAUUGUUUACCUACUUCAUAUCCUCCACGUUUUGCAGCUGUGGUGCAGUUUGCUUUUGGUCUUUUGAAUAAGGAUGUGAGACGGACACUAAAGAAGAAACAUGGUCUGGUUGUUCAUGCACAGACCCAUCUGAAGAAAUGGAUUUUGGAAGAACUUCGAACUGGUCAUCCACUUGGUGAUAGAACACUGUUUUGGCUUCACUGUCUCUAUGAGCUCCAUGAAGCAGACUUUGUGAAAGAAGCUAUGGAAGCCUGGACUUUGAUCAAUCCAAGUGAUGGAUUACUGAGAAGAAUAGACUGCUGGGCCCUGCUGUACUGCUCUCAGUGCUGUCACAGCAUGAAUGAACUGUAUAUCACUAACUCCGGAUUAACAUGUAAAAUGUUGUCUAUGAUUCUGCCUGCAGUCCGCAAUUUUAAGAAGUUAACGUUUCAUCUUGUAGAUCUAUCAGACUCUUUUCUUGUUGAAUUGAUGUGUGCUCUUGUGAGAGGACGGACCCUGAGCUCACUGAGACUUUCUUCUGACUGCUCCACUAGAGGUUGUUUGAGUUGUUCUGUCCACUCACUUGACCUGUCACUCAGUGAAGAAACAUGCAGUAUCCGCAUAGGAACUUUGUGUGAAGACCCUGUGCCAUCUUUUCUAAAAUUGACUCUCACCUUGCCACGCUCAGAGCUAAUCAGCAUCGACUGGACCAAUAUUCAGAUACUUCACCAAAGGGAUUUAGAUGCAUUAAUGCAUUUUCUCAGUUCUUUCUCUAAACUGAAAAAGUUAAAACUGAAAAUAGGAUGUCUGACAAAGAAGUAUUCUCUUUGGACCCUUCAGAUCAUCCAGAACUUCCCCAGUGUAACAGAACUCUUGGUAGAUGCUGACUUUUUACUGGAGGAGGUAAUCAAGGUGUUACAGGGGUCCUACACAAGACCAGCCUGUAGAUUGGAAGUUCGUGGGUUUAUAUGCAAUAAACAGUCUCAAAAAUGCACAGUCCCUAAAGACUGGCAUCAGAGAUGCAACCAGAACAUGACGAUUCAUCUGGAUUCCCAGGGCUUUUCUAUGAAGAAUGAGCGAACGCCCUUGUUUUGGGACUAAUAGUACAGCUUGAAAAAUAGCAGAAAACUGCAAAAGCAGCAUCUUUACCUAAAGCUGAGGACUGGAAUGAAGACAGCAACCAAAUCUAUCUAAAGUGCAUUUGUAGUAGGUGUUAAAUUGUAAUCACAAUUGUUUCAAAUCAGCUUUACAGAGUUUUAGUAUUGUAUUUAAGUAUCCCUUCUUUUUUUAACUGUAAGAGUUUUUGCAAUGAAGAUGAAGCCUGAGAUGCUUACAUGGCAUUAACAUCUAUACUAUAGUUUUAUGAUAUUGAUGCUUAAUUGUCCACAUUUAACAGUUAAAGCUGAGUGAUAGUAUAGUUUAUUUGUGAAUACAAUAUAAAUAAUCAAGAAAUUAAGAUUUGCUAUUUAGCAUAUAUCAUGACAAUUUGAAUAUUGUAUGUAUCAUUAAAAGAACUGGAUAUAGUAGUUUUAAGUUGGGGUUAUUCAUUCAUGGUGUGAUAUAGAGAAUUAUGAAUCUUUAAGUGAUUGUACAAUUUAUUACAAUUUGGUGUAUAUCUCUGCCAUGACUGUAUAAAUGAUAAGGUUUAAGAUUUUGGUCACUUCAUCCUGGUCAGUUUAACAAAACAGGCAUAAUAUAAAGUACAUAAUACAAAAUCUUUAGUCGCCAAGUGUGCAAGUCAAAGGCAACUUUGGUAAGGAUAUAUGAAGUUGGAUAAUAUAGAAGAAACCCCUUGGGAGAAACCAGGCUACACCAGGGGGCAGUUCUCCUCUGGAUAUGCAUUCAAAAUAUAGUGUAAGUAACUCAGCAGAUAAGUUAAUAUAUGCAGGUGUAAUAGCAUGUGUUCAUUAUUGCACAAAUUGUCAGAGUCGGACACUUUAUUUUACACUGUUGGUGUCUACCAGAGCUGUAUUAGAAUCUGUAAUGUUUUCACAAUAAUGAAAUUUAAAAACUUAUAAAAAUUAAAACUAGUAAAACACAAAAGCAAA